CCCACAGAGGGUUCUUGUAGUAGUACCAUUGCAGCACAAAAGAUGUACUCUGUGGCAUAGUUGUCUGACACUAGGUUAUCAUUGUUUACUAGAGUCAUAAUAAUUUUUUAUAUGGCCUAUAUUUCGUAGAAUAAUAAUUGUCGAAAAUGAAUAGAAAUGUUUACAAUGUAGCGAGAGACGUUUAAAUUUGUUUCGUUCAGACCUCAGGGAUUCCUUAAUUUGUCAGCAUCUCUAGAAAGUGAUAACGAAACAUGAUUCUUAACUGCCUACAAUUAUAGUUUCACUAUUCUUCGAAUAAUUCGAAUCUCGAAAGCAGCGUGCUUUUAAUACAGAUAUUUCGUGUGAAAUGGAGUGCAGGAUCGACGAUUUACCAGAUGUUUUGUUAGAGUACAUUUUAAGCUUAAUUCCACCUUACAAAGAUCUUCAAGAAUGUAAACUUGUGUCCAAAAGAUGGUUUCAUGCAACUAAAAAUGUAAUACAGCACAACAAAGCACAUUUUCAAAAAUCUGUGGCUUAUGGAUCAUUGCUUUGGAGUGCUUGGCCAUGUUCUAUAGAUUGGAUGCCUACCAUAGGAAAGAGACACUCCCAUUCAGCUUGCAUGUAUGAUAAUUCUAUGUAUGUUUUUGGAGGCUGUACUGCUACAUGUACAACAUUUAAUGACUUAUGGAGAUUAGAUCUGGACACAAGAACAUGGGUUAGAUUAAUUACCAUGGGAAGCUAUCCAUCUCCUAAAUCUUGUGCUACUAUGUUAUAUUAUAAAAAAAGUUUUAUAUUAUUUGGUGGAUGGUCUUAUCCUUCCCCUUAUCCUUUACACCAGCAAUGGAAACUAUUCAAUGAAUUACAUGUAUAUUCUAUAGAAUCAAAUAAAUGGAUUGUUAUAAAUACACUAGAGUCACCUCCACCUACAUCAGCACAUUCAGCAUCGAUUCAUAAAAAUAAUAUGGUUGUGUUUGGUGGUAUAUGUAAUGGAUAUAGAUCCAAUGACGUAUGGUGUUUGAACUUGGAUUCUUAUAGUUGGCACAAACAAACUACAUCAAAUUUAAAGCCACAUCCACGUUAUGGACAGUCUCAGAUUGAACUAGGAGAUUACCACCUUCUUGUACUAGGAGGCUGCACUGGACCUAAUGUUGCUAUGAAUGAUGUCUGGUUGUUAAAAAUGGAAGGCACAACUUGGACAUGGAAAAAAGUGCAUAUGCACAAUACAAAAUGGGCCCCAACAAGGAUUUGGUGCAAUCAAGCUUGUAAGGUGGGAAAUUAUGUUAUUGUUUUAAGUAUAAAUAAAUGCCAGAAAAAAUCAAAUGAUAUGAAUAUAUCACUAAAAAAAGUCACUAGUCAAAGAACAGCACCACCACGGACAUGCGAUUCCGACAAUUCCCAUGAAAGACAAGAAAAUGAUUCACGUAUUGACAGAGAUGUGAAUGUUAACGGUCGACACGGAUCUUUUUCAAGAGCCUCUGUGCAGAAUGCGCACUCCUCAUCUCAUCCCCCUAACUUCACAAAGAGUUUACCAUUAUGUAACGAUAAUGUUUUAAGCAUGGCUGCUUUCCGCGAUGAACCAGUACGUAAUGGUUCGAACAGCAAUCGACAACGUCAAUUAGAAUCAAUCAGGAGAAUGGAAGAAAGAAUUAGAAAUCGAAUAACGCAAUUAAAAGCUACAAAACGAACUGGAAACACAUUAUCCAUUUUUGUAUUGGACAUUACGAAUGUUCUGUGUGAUGAGUGCAGUGCUUCAUGGAUUCCUUUAAAGCACAAUAAUCAAUCAGGUCCCGACGAGAGGAUACUUUAUUCAUUGGUUGCAGGAAGAGGUGAAUUAAUAGUAUUCGGUGGUAUUCGGAAGGAGCAGACGUCUUUACAGAGUCAUCCAGACAUGGACGAGUCUGAGGUUUACAAUGAUCUUUAUUUUAUAAAUCCACCAAGAUAUGUUAUUUAAUAUUCUGCAAUAAAAAAACAAUACUAAUUACGUUAGUGUUGUAUUAACUUUAGUUGUACGACGAGAACAGUAUUUGCUGAAGAUUAUUUUAACAUUGAAGGUAUAUGCAGUUCAUUAAUUUAAGACAAUUUUAUAAAUAUCUUGUGAUAAAUAUUUAAAAUGUUGAUUUAUUUCCUUUUAAAAUCGGCGUUAUAUGUAAAAUUAAUUAUUUUUAAAACGAGGAUUUAUGAACUUUAUGACGAGGAUUUAUAACAUAUUAGCUUUACAUAACUAUAGUAUAUAUAAUUGAAAACUCGCUAAAUUUCAUUAUAAAAUCAUUUAUUUACAUAAUUUCCAAGCAAUGUAAUUUAUUGAAUGGUUUAAUCUUCUUCUCCUUCACCUUCAACUGUUUUUAAACUACCGAACACUUGUGACGGUAUCAUUUGUUUCUCGAUAGGAAUAUCUGAAAGUAAAAAAUAUUUAAUUAAAAGACAAAGUAUAAAAUGUGUACGUUGCUAUGAAAAACUUGUCCAGAAAGAUUUAUAAAUGCAUUUCAUGUGAUCAACACUAAUAAAAGUCUAAGUGUGUUAUUGUAGACUCUACAUUACCUUCCUCUAUAUCUGCCUCGUUAUCAUUGGCAUCAUCGUCUAUAUCAAUAUCUAUUUCGUCCGGAUUAUUCACUUGAGCUUCUGCUUUGCCAUCUUUCUCCGUUACACCACGAACGAAUUUAAUACUAUCCUUGUAGGCAGCAGUAUUGUCUAUUACAUUGAAGGAAUUGUAUUAGAAAAGAUAAAAACGUUCUACAAGUUGUAAAUGCUUUCUCAUAAAAACUUUUGUAAAUUA